AUCGGGAUAUUAGCGGAGGAUUCAAACGGAAGAUGGCAGCGGAGAAAGAUAGCGAUGAAAAUGCACAAAAUAGAAGGGGCACCGUGUGCAACGUGGUGAUCAGCCAGGAUGCGGGCGUCUCUCAGGGGGGCGGGGGGACGGCGGGCCGCCUCCCCAUCAUCUUCAACCCGGACUUCUUCGUGGAGAAGCUGCGCCACGAGAGACCCGAGGUGUUUCUGGAACUGGUGCUCAGCAAUGUCACCCGCCUCAUCGACCUUCCGGGGGCCGAGUUCUCCUUGCUGCUGGGCGACGAGGGGGGGCCCAAGACCCCCACGGCGGUCCUAGGUGCACACGCGGGCGGCUUCUUCCGCUCCUUUAACUUUCUGAAACGCAAAGAUAAGGGUGUCGUCUUCGGGGCGCCCCUGACAGAGGGAGGCAUCGCCCAGAUCUACCAACUCAUUGAAUACCUCAGCAAGAACCUGCAUGUGGAGGGCCUGUUCCGGGUGCCGGGGAACAGCGUGAGGCAGCAGGCCCUGAAGGAGCAGCUGAACAGCGGGGUGGACAUCGACCUGGAGGGGGCAGAAUUCCACCCCAACGACGUGGCCACCCUCCUCAAGACCUUCCUGGGGGAGCUGCCCGAACCCCUCCUCACUCACCGACACUUCCAUGCCCACCUCAAAAUAGCAGACAUGACUCUGUUUGAUGAGAAGGGCAACAAGACGUCGGUGCCCGACAAGGAGCGUCAGAUGGAGGCCCUGCAGCUCCUCUUCAUGCUGCUGCCGCAGGCCAACCGCAGCCUCCUCAAACUGCUCCUGGACCUCCUGUACCACACCGCCAAGAAGCAGGACGCAAACAAGAUGUCCGCCUUCAACCUGGCCCUCAUGUUCGCCCCUCACGUCAUGUGGCCUCGAAGUAUGACAGCCAGCGACCUGAAGGAGAAUCUGAAAAAGCUGAACAGCGGCAUGGCCUUCCUCAUCAAGCACUCCCAGAAACUGUUUCGGGCUCCUGUGUACAUGAGAGAGCACGCCAGGUUACACUUCACAGGAUCCAAGACCCUUCAGACCAAGGACGAUCUGGACCUGUUACCCCUGACCGGUUCCCCAGCCGCUGUCCCCGCGGCCCUGAAGAGGUGUGGGGCUCACCCGUCCCAGGACCUGUGCGCCUCCCCAGACCCCUCGUCCCAGGGCCGGCAGCAACACACAGAGGAGGCCCUGAAGGAGCUGUUUCGCCACGUCCACGACAACAUGCCCAACUCUGCCAAGAAGAAGAAACUCAUACGACAGCUGGCCAAGCAGACCACCCCCAGCCCGACCCCAGGCACCCCCGAUGCUAAUGACUGCCUCACCCCUCUCGUCCAGAACAAGAAACACCCCCGCUCCCGUUCCUUCGGUGGACUCAUCAAGAGGCGACACAAGCCGGACCAGCUGCCGACCGACAGGAGGGGCCGACUCAUCUCCCCGGGUUUGGUUGGGUCGGAGGCGGGGCGGACAGGGCAGGAGAACAUCGUCCUGCGGUCGGUGAACAGUCCGGUAAUAGUGAAUACCAACCCGCUGAAGGGUGGGGUCGGGGUCAAGGCCUCCGAUAGCAUGGCCCUCAACAGGGAGAGGGUGCUCAAAGUCCAGAAGGACUCUCCCUCCAUCUCCAGAAUGUGUUUCUCCCCCUCCAUAGAAACAUCAAUGUAGAGGUUUGGUGGAUUGGUGCUAGCAGACUGUUACUAACCGAAGGCUGUUGUAUUUUUUGUAUUUUUUUUUUUUUCAAGUGACAUUAAUGUGAUUCAAGAUCUCUUAAGAAGUGAGUCAUCAAAAUCACAAAGUGAGGUAAUAGAGCAAAAGCAUUUUAACAGUGAGCUUUGAAGAAAGGUGCUCCUUUUAGUCUGCUUUGGGUCAGUGCUCCAACUUUUGAAUCUGUUUACGCCAUUGAUAACCACUAGCUUGCUGAGCCGAACUUGUAGAAUAUGUAUAUAUGUGCAUUUCUUAUUUUAUCUUCCUUUCACUGGUAUUGGUGCUGCAUGUCUAAAAAUGUGACAUUGUUUACUAAUAAUCGAUGCGGUCUAGAAAUGUCCCUACACACUGCAACGAUUCAGCGAGUCUCAAAUACCACCAACGACAUUUGUCUGGGGAUUGUUCCAAUAACCUGGUUCACUAAGAGGGCCAGUGUUUAAAAUCGCUUUAGAUAGUUACAAAAUGAGUACAGCAGCAACCUGUAUGCAUAUCUAACUGAUUUUAAAUAUUUUAUUUAAAUACUGUCUGCAGGUGUCAUAGAACAGCCUAUUGGCCUUUUGGUGAACUGUUUACUAUAGGUGAGCAUUGGCCAGGGUUGUAGUGGAGACAAAUAUUCAGCGUCUCUACGUUAUGUGAAGCAGAGAUGAGGAACAGAACAACGCUGUGUAAUGCCUGCAGUGUUUGGGAGAGCGCUAGGUCUUCAUUCCGGGAGUAAUUUAUUUUUUACGCUGUGUUUUCAUUUAGAAUAUUAAUUCCGUUCAUACACAGUUCCGAUUCUGAGAAGUAAAAGCAUGCCUUCAAAGGGAUAUGCUGUGGUAGUUGCUGUUAUUUUUUUUUAUACUCAAUCCAAGAUCGGAGAACGUUUGACCAUGGGAAGAAAAGAAGCUAGAUUGAAGUGUACUCUUUAUGUACGAGUGGGAAUUGUGUCAAUUAACUGCUCAAUUUAAAAGCUGUGACCUUUUCAUCUGCCUAUUUUAGGUCUUUUUAUCUUGUUAUUUUUAACUGGAACUCAGUUGAUUUGGGUGAAGAUUGGUCAGGAUUGUGAGGUUAUCGGGAGGUUUUCUGUACGUUGGACAGUCUUCGGGUUGUUCGGAGAGAUGCUGGUGUCUUAUUACUCACUGAUGUAACAAUGGCUGAGCAAUGGAGUUUCCUGUUGCUCUGCUCGCAGUGUGGCUGUUUGUGGACAGUAGAGUCUUCGUCGGCCUCAGUUGGGGAGAUUGGUACCGGGUCACUUUCAUCCCACACCGAACAGGAGAAAACGGAGAAGCGUGGAAGGGACUCGUCUGGAUUAUCCAGAAACCCAAAAAAAGGUUGCCGAACAUAUGGCGUCGUUGGCUGAAGAAAGUGAUGUGGGUUUUGAAGAGAGGGUGGAUGAGGUGAUGGGUUUGUGAAGUUGUGAAGACCGGGGGUGUUUAGUCAAAACGUGACACCGUGUGUUAUUGAUGCGAAAAUGGAUUUGAUUGUUCUCCCCUCUUUUUUUUUUUUUCGAACUACCUCCCUUUACAUGUUGUUCCAGGACUUCUUAUUCUCUUUUGUUUCUCACAAAGGAGCUUUGACAUUUGGCCAAUCACCUUGACAACAUGAAAUGUCUGCAAACCACAUUUUCAGUCUUUUCUCUGGAUUAUCUGAAGCUUUCAGCGAGUCAAUAAUUUAUUUUCAUGAGUUGUGUUAUGAAUUGCCGUGAGGUAGUUUGAUGAAUACUGGAACUCUUUAUGUUGUGUGUUAACUAGAUUACAUUACACUAAAAUAUGGGCAUUAUCUUUCACUGCCACUGCGUCUUUAUUUACUUUGUAUAAUUCAUGGUUUUCUGUUAGCCAGUAUUGGCCAAGGUCUUUAUGUUUACACACCAUCUGAACAUUUAAUCUUGUUUCUUGCAUCAAGUUGCAUACAUUUCUACCGUAGUUCCAUAGACUCCCAUUUCUGCCUAGAUUUACUUGAAUUCAUCUUUCUGUGUUGAUGUGAGUCUGCUACCAGUGCAUUGAAUGCAAGGUAAUAGUUGCCUGUGCUCUUCUCCAUUCACCUAACAAUGUGUUUUAUACGCUGAAUUUGGCUGGCAUCUGUGUAAAAUAUGUUUCAAAAUCUGUAAAAUACAUGCUCCGAUUAAUUGU